CGAGGCAGCACAAGUGCGGAGAGAUUGCAGCUCCGCCGGCACGUGGAGGAAGACGAGGAACAGAAAACGACAGCGAAGGAGAGGAGGAUGCAAUCCGGUGAAGGAGUCCACAGGACAAUGGGACAGAGCCGAGGUCUGGAAAACCAAGGAUAAGAGCUGGAUCUUUAACUGGAUCGUCCCACAGAAGUACAGUAAGUGUGCUGUCCAAAACCCAAAACACCUCGGAGGAAUUGCCUCUUCAUUUCCAGAAGUUCAAACCUGAGAGAAAAAGUUUCCCGGGCUUGGGGACACGAGGGUAAUUCACAUUCAGCUUUGCAUAUCUGGAACUUGUAAACAAGAGUUUUUUGGGUUUAUUUGAUCUGUUUAUUAUAAGUCAUGAGUUUCGUUUCCGUGUUCUUCUGGUUCAAGCGGAUGAUACGGUGCAGUUGCAUGUGAUGUGAGAGUUUGUGAUGGAGCUCAUUGGUGAUCGGGACGCCCGGCUGUCCGUUCCAAGCGUCUCGGCCUCCUCGCCUUUGCUGAAACAGACUCACGCAGGCGGCUUUAAGAAAGUGUGUCGGAUCGAAGAGGAAAGCACGUGUCCGUUCCCCGGCCUGCCCUCAGGUGUGCUCGAGAUGAGGGUUAAAGAGGGCAGCAAAAUUCGCAAUCUCAUGGGUUUCGCCAUGGCACGCAUGCAGAGCGACCCCCGGGACGCCGGUCAAACCGGACUGAGACAGGUAGUGUUCACCGGGUCCGGACGAGCCGUGACCAAAACCAUCACGUGUGCCGAGAUCAUGAAGAGAAAGCUCGGCGGCCUCCAUCAGAUGACCAAGCUGCAGUACAAGGGUCUGCGAGAGGUCUGGGAGAGCCAAGAAGAAGGCGAUUCGGAGGUGACCGUCCACCGGACGCUUCCCUCCAUCAGCAUCCUGCUCUCCAAAGACCCACUGGACCCUCAGGAACCGGGCUACCAGCCUCCGGAGAACGGCUUGUGGGAGGAGAAGAACGGAGGAGACGCUUCACAGACUGCUGAGACUGAGCCUCAGGCGAAGAGAGUCUGUCUCUGAGGAUUAUGGGUGUGUUAAAGUCGACCGAAACCAGCUUUGAAAGCUGAAAUCUGAGCACAAAUGCACAUCACAGUCUUGAUUUGCGUUUGGCUCCUGGUUUUGAGCAUGCAGCAUCACUCAUUUAAUUCAGUCUCUUCAAUAUGAUCAGACAUGCACUGCAAUGCAUGAGCCGACUAAAAACUGGAAUGCAUUUGGAAAGAUGCAUACAUUUGCUAAAUGCAUUGAUAAGACAAUAUAAACAUUAUUGAAAUAUAUAGCAAGUCGAAUUUAAUGCAUUCAGUGUUUCUGUAUGUAUGACUAAAAAUGCUGGUGUUACUGUGGUUUUCAAUGUACAAGCAAUUUUCUGACCUAAAACCGUUUUUUCUUCGGUGGUCCAGAAGCAUGCAAACAUCUCAGAUGGACACGGAAGUGAGAUGGAGUUGAUUUCUGGAGUUGCAUUGAUUUAUUAAGAUGCAGUUUGAGACAAGAGUGUUUUUCUGUUUUCAUUGUAUUAUUUUAUGACCUCAGUAGAACCGAACGCAGCAGCAUGCAGCUCACGGCCGAAAGAGAACGGACAGAGAUCCGGUGUGCAGUUUAUGUGCAAAUGAAGCGUUUGCUCCUCAUGCUUUCUCUGUGGUUUUAACCGCACAGAAAGUGCCACCGUCUGCAACUUUCCUCUGAUGAAUUCAAGCGCUUU